AGGGCCAGUCACCCGCAGCCCGGCGACCCGCAGCUCACUCGGCGCCUCGCCCAGCCCGGCUCCGCCGCGGGACGGAUAACGGUUACGAAGCACUUUCUCCGCCGCGAUUUCUGCUUAGUCAUAGUCUUCCAGGAAACGGCUCCCUCAGUUGGGUGUCAGCUCUGCUGCGGCGGCCGCAGUAGCAGGAGCCGCAGCCAUCAGCGCGUCUUUUCCGGACCACCGCUCAGCCGCCGCCCGGCUUCCCGCGGGCCCCAGCGCAGGCCAAGGUCCCGCCACGCGGGGCGCGCAGCCUCGCGCUCGGCUUUCCAGCCUCGGGACCGUGUCUGCGGGGCGGCCUCCUUCCCCGCCUGCGGCCCCAUCGCCGCCUGGCCCCCUCCGUCGGCCGCUGCCAUGAACACCGACAGCCGCGCGGCCGGGGCGCUCCUGGCGCGGGCCCGCACCCUGCACCUGCAGACAGGGAACCUGCUGAACUGGGGCCGCCUGCGGAAGAAGUGCCCGUCCACGCACAGCGAGGAGGAGUUUCCAGAUGUCUUGGAAUGUACUGUAUCACAUGCAGUGGAAAAGAUAAAUCCCGAUGAAAGAGAAGAAAUGAAAGUUUCUGCAAAACUGUUCAUUGUAGGAUCAAACUCUUCAUCAUCAACUAGAAAUGCAAUUGACAUGGCCUGUUCAGUCCUUGGAGUUGCACAACUGGAUUCUGUGAUCAUUGCUUCACCUCCUAUUGAAGAUGGAGUUAGUCUUUCCUUGGAGCACUUGCAGCCUUACUGGGAGGAAUUAGAAAACUUAGUUCAGAGUAAAAAGAUUGUUGCUAUAGGUACCUCUGAUCUAGACAAAACACAAUUGGAACAGCUGUAUCAGUGGGCCCAGGUAAAACCAAAUAGUAACCAAGUGAAUCUUGCCUCCUGCUGUGUGAUGCCACCCGAUUUGACUGCAUUUGCUAAACAAUUUGACAUACAGCUAUUGACUCAUAAUGAUCCAAAAGAACUGCUUUCUGAAGCAAGUUUCCAAGAAGCUCUUCAGGAAAGCAUCCCUGACAUUCAAGCACACGAGUGGGUGCCACUGUGGCUACUGAGAUAUUCGGUCAUUGUUAAAAGCAGAGGAAUUAUCAAAUCAAAAGGCUACAUCUUACAAGCUAAAAGAAGGGGUUCUUAACUAUGACUUAGGACCAUAACCUACUGACUUGUAUUUUCCUUGAAUAUAAGAUAAAAUUGAGAUGUGUAAAAAUCUAAUUACUGCAUUGUCAUUGAGGCAGAUAUUCUUUAGUUAUAUUUCACAAUAUUUUAUCUGUCAAAUUUUGAAUACUUCUCUUGCCUCCAUAUCAGUUCACUCACAUGAACCACUGUAUUGUUUUCAUUAAACUAUUGUUUUCUAAUUGAAAUUGUCUAUAAAGAAAAUACUUGCAAUAUAUUUUUCCUUUAUUUUUAUGACUGAUAGAAAUCAAGAAAAUUUGUUGUCAGAUAUAUUUUGGCCUAGGCAUCAGGGUAAUGUAUAUACAUAUUUUUUAUUUCCAAAAAAUGCAUUAAUUGCUUCUUACUCUAUAGUAUAACUAAGCAAUUUAAUUACUAUUGUUAAAACUGAAAUACUGGAAUAUAUUUUUGCUGUAGUUGAAAAGAUGAUUGUAUCUCAGAGUAACUGGAGUAGCUGGGAUCUACUAACAGUGUAAAUAAAAUUCAUUUCUUCAGUACAUGAAUAGAAACAAAUUUUUAUUUAAGUUUGCUUACUAACUUAAUAACCUUGCUUGCAGUUUACCUAUAAUAAUUUAACCUUGUAUUCUUGUGCCAUAUUUUCUCUUGCUAUUCUUUACAAAGACAAAACAAAAUAAAUCUAAAAAGGAGACUAGAAGCUUUGAAUUAUUAUUUGGGGGUUUUAUAAAAGCAACUGUUAUCACCUCCAGAUUCUUUUUAAGUCUUGAUCCAUCUUUAAUAUUUUGCUAGUCAUUCAAGAAUAUCCAGUAAGUACUGAGCACCGUGUGCUGGGCACUGUGGGCUCUGGACACAGGAUGGAGGCACAGGGAUUAAGAAUCAGUUGUUCAAUAUGUGAUAUUUGUUCCCCACUGAUAACUGACUGCGAGGGACUAACAGCCAGAAGAGUGGUGAAAAGAGCCAUUCCUUUAGGGCCGACGUCUAUUUAGAUAACUUUAUUUGAGAUAUGGACUUAAUUAUUUCAAAGCAAAACUAUGUAAUAAAAACUUUAGGGCUAGGAGAGACUAUAGACCAUUUGGUAUAAUUCCUCAGUAGUUUAAGAACCAGAAAAUAGCAAAUAAAUAAGCUGUGACCUUUGAUAUAUACCAUAGAUCUUAAUUCUAUAAAUUUGAAAAACUCUUCAAAAAUCUCUUGUAUCUCAAUCAAUAAUUUUAAGCCAUGUAUCUUCAUAUAUGGUUUAUAAAACUAAUCUAUAUAUAUAAACUAAUAGUAAAACUAAUUUGCCCAACUUUUUUCAACUUAAAGGAAAGUACUGUGGUUCCAUAUUCAAAAUAAAUACACUUUUCCUAUCAGUAAGGUUUUGUGGUUUAGUGGUUGAAUAAUUUGAUCAUUAGAAUAUAAUGUGAAAUCAGCUGAUUUACCUGCUAAAAUUUGUUUAGACUUUGAGCUUUAUAUAAUCUUUAUAUUAAUUUAUGUAAUGUUAUUGAAUGUAUAUAGUUAACAUUUUUAUUUGGAAAUUACAACUAUUUUCAUGUAACAUAAGUCUUGAAACAAUUGCUCAUUUUAAUUUAGGCCUAUACAGUGAGUUGGUCAAGAUAUUUUAAGAGGGAAGUUUAAUAUCACAUUUAUUGUUUUUCAAACCCUGGACUUAUAAAACUGUAUUGUUUGAAGGGUUGUUUUGAAAACGGAAAAAGACACUUAUAUUGCUAAUAAACUUCAGAGGAGAUUUUUUGUGCCGUUCCCCCCUCUGCCCCAUCACCACCACCACCACUCCUGACAAAGAAGCAAGGUUAUAGAUUCAUUUUGUGAAGGGGAUCAUGUAUGGAAUUUUUAAAUGAGUCUUUUGUUUGUUUCACUUCUAUACCUUUAAUUUCUGUUCCUUUUUAAAAAAAAAAAAAAACCUGAUUUUUUAAGGCUUUAUAAUUUUCCAAGCUCAUGUUCACUCUUGUGUGUCUGUGUGUGAACUAUCAGAAAAUAGUAAGUACUUUUCAAAUAUUUAAGGACUUAAUGUUUAACAAGCCAUAAAAUAAAAAACAGUGAUACUACCAAAUAAUUGCUUAAAGCUAACUUAUCAAUAGUGUCUAUAACAGAUAUGUUUUCUGGGGAGAUGUGUAUCCAGUGACCCAAGGUAGAAAGAAUUGAUAUAAUAGGUUUUUUCAGUAAAUAUGAAAAGAAACUGCAGUUUAUUAUUAUAUUUCCAAAAUAAACUGGAGCCUUACUUUAACACAAUGUACUGUACCUUGGAGUUUGUUCUGUGAUAAGUCUAUCUUGAAUUCCCAUCCAAGAAACUGUAGUCACCAAAAGGACCAAGAUGACUUAUAAAGUAUGUUCACAUGGUGUAAAUUUUGAUGAUCACUUGUACCAGUGUGCUAAUAAAGUAUUCAUUUAGGGAUGACCCGUGCUAGAACUUGAAUCCCAAAUAAUAGCUAAUAAUUUUCCCAUUCUCGACGAUCACACUUAGACAACUGUGUGUGAAAUGGAAAAUAAAGUUAUUCUAUUUUGAAUGAAUGGCUCAGAUUUUUCCCUACCAGAGCCAAGUAGUAACUGAAAUAGAAUUUGAUUUUCAGCGAUAAAAGAUCUAAGUCUCAUUUAAUUACCUAUCUUUUCAGAAAAGAUUUUCUUUCUAAUUUUUCCACCUAGCAUUUUCAAUAUUUAGGAAUGUAAUAAAUUUAUUAUAUAUUAACUGACAGUUCAUCUUUCUGCCAGUUGUACAUUUAGAGAAAUUUGAAGUUGUUUAAUGAGAUUUAAACCAUUUCUGUUUUUAUACUCAAAUAUAUCAACUUAUGAUUCCGAACCUAUUUUUUAAAAGUUAACUUCCUAAUGUACUAGAACUUAUACCUGUCAUUCUGUAAAGUUGGUAAUGGGAUAUGUCAGUUUUAUUUUUGAAAAAUAUAUAACUUUUCGCUACCAGGUAAUUCUACUUUUAUGUAUCUGUAGUGGUGUACUAUAAAAUACAGGCAAAAUAUAAAGCAUUGUUAAUAUAAGUUUUAAUUUUACUUAUGAAUUUAAUUGAAGUGUGAGUUACAUAUUUUUAAUUGAGUUGUUUCAUAGUUGGAAGCAUCCUGAAACAUUAUAUUGAUUUUGAACUAUUUAAACUCAAACUGAGUAGGAUUUGAAAGUAAAUUAUGAAUAAUUUUUAAAUAUCCCAGCCAUAAAGCUGUUCAUGCACUCAUUCAACAGAUUUAGCGCAUGCCUACCAUAUAACAGGCACUGUGCAAGGUACUGGCAGAUAGAUACAGAAAUGAAAAAGCAAACCGUAUCUACAAGGAACACAUAGUAUAUUUGGGGGAUGAGAGAGAUCUGUACAUGAACCAGAGCAAUAAAAGGCAACAUCUGAUAGCAGUGGUGAAAGCAAUUGGGGAAUGUGGAAGGAAGUGGGGCUGGGAAUUAUUUAUUUUUAGAAAGCUCCUCUGAAGAAAUUAGCCUUAGGGUUGGAUCAGAGGAGGAGGUGUGCGUGGGCAUUCUGCCCAGAGGCUCUUGUUUGCUUAGUUUGUAAAUAUGCUUCUAUUGAAUGAUGAACAGUUUAUUAUGGAAACUUUAAAAAUUCAGUGAAAACACUUUUCUUCAAGAGCUUGUUCUUAUCAGAUAAAACGGAAUGCCUUGUGUUGAGACAAGAAUAGAUACAGUUGGAAAAGUCAUGUCUUAUAAAGGAAAGACUAAAACUUACCCAAAUCUCCUAAAUAUAUCAGGAUGUAGCUUUAUGUAGUUUCACUACCAGAAAAGUCGAAAACCUUAAUAUGUAUCCCUCAGCAAUGAAUAAAUGUAUAAAAUGUCAUACAACA